GUGGUGGUUUUACUGCGGAGGGGUUCCUCUUCUCAACACCAACGAUCUUUGUCGCAAGUCAGAGGUGGUGUGUUGAACGGUUACUACUGUGAAAAUUCGCUCUUCGGGAAAUAAUAUAUAAUCUGUCCUCCAACAUGUCCGCCAGAAACCCAGGGACGAAGCUUGACCUGGAGAAGAUAUUCAAAGUGAGAGUGAACACACAGGCUGUCCUGAAGAGAGCUCAGCAAAUCCAAGGACAGAAGAUCCCCAAGAAGCAGUGGCAGGCUGCCUGGCUGCUGAGAGCUGUCACAUGUAUCGACCUGACAACUCUGGCUGGAGAUGAUACACCGUCCAACGUCCAUCGGCUGUGUCUGAAGGCUAUCCAGCCUGUCCGAUACGACCUGCUCAAGAAGAUGGAUAUGCACGACAAAGGAGUGACAACAGCUGCAGUGUGUGUGUAUCCGUCUCGUGUGGCUGACGCUGUGAAAUCACUAAAAGCAGCCAACUCCAGCCUUCCUGUUGCCUCAGUUGCUACUGGCUUCCCAGCAGGCCAGACACCACUGGAGACCCGGCUGCAGGAAGUCCGUAUGGCUGUGGCUGACGGUGCCACUGAGAUUGACAUUGUCAUCAACAGGAUGCUCGCUCUCACGGGACAGUGGGAAGCCAUGUACGGUGAGAUCCGUCAGUUUCGGGAGGCCUGUGGUGAUGCUCACAUGAAGACCAUCUUGGCUAUUGGAGAGCUGGGUACCUUGACCAAUGUCUACAAGGCCAGUCUGGUCGCCAUGAUGGCUGGUUCUGACUUCAUCAAGACGUCGACUGGAAAGGAGUCCGUCAAUGCUACUUACCCUGUCGCCAUAGUGAUGGUGAGGGCCAUUCGUGACUACUUCCUAUGCACAGGCCACAAGGUGGGCUUUAAGCCAGCAGGGGGGAUCCGGACAGCCCAAGAGUCCCUGGUGUGGCUCACUCUGAUCAAAGAGGAGUUGGGCAACGACUGGCUCUGCCCUCACAUGUUCCGCCUGGGAGCCAGCAGCCUGUUGGCUGACAUCGAGAGGCAGAUUUACCAUCAUGUGACUGGACAAUAUGCAGCCUAUCAUGAGCUGCCUAUGGCUUGAAGCUCUGGGGAUGCUGUUCAGAAGACCAAUCAGAACCUCAAGCUCACCACACAAGCCUAUUACUGUUCAUCCAGGCAGCACACUGACUACUCAUAUUCAGUGCUUUUAAAAAGCUGGGACCACUGCCUGUGACAGAAACUGGUUUAUACUGUAGCUGUAUGGCACCCUGAUGCUCUCAUACAGAUACAGAUGUAUACUUAUGAAGAAAUAAAAACAGUUACAGAUAGAGUAAACCAAUUAUGUUUGUCAGUGUGAAAAUGUGCUGAGUUAAACUGUGUUUUAUGUAAAGCAGGAAACACUGUAAUGAUUCAAGAUGAAUUAGAAAGAAGAAAAUUAUACUUUUGUUUUGUCUUUCAGAUCCUGAAAGCCUUAAACUCUGGCACUUACUGAUUUUAGAAAAAAUAAAACCUAAUAUAUGAGGAA